GAGAAAAAAAAAAAAAAAAGGGGGAGGGGGACAAUUAUUUAUUGAAAUUGUAAGGAAAUGCCUUUUUGAUGAUCCUCUUAAUGGACGGAGUAUGAAUAUCCCGAAAAGUCGAACUCAUUGGUGGAGCAACGACAAAAGGCAGCCAUCGUUAGCAAUAUCCUUCUUUUCCUGCAUCUUUUGAAACAGUUAUGGUAAUGUAUCCAUCCAUCCAACCAGCCAUCCAUCCAUCUAUCUAUCAAAAGUAAUUGAAUACUAUAUGCGUUACGAGGAAAAAAAAAAGUGCCACUUUCCAACCAGUUCAGCUUUUUUUUUUUUAGAUACAAAAUAUCAAUGCACGCUGACGAGCAAGCUACUCAAAGAAAGAGAACUUUCCGUAAGUUCACCUACCGUGGUGUUGAUCUUGAACAACUCUUAGACUUAUCUUCUGAACAGUUCAUGGAGCUCGUUCACUGCCGUGCUCGUAGAAGAUUCCAACGUGGUCUUAAGCGUAAGCCCAUGGGCCUCAUUAAGAAACUUCGUGCUGCCAAGAAGAACGCCCCUGCUGGUGAAAAGCCUGAGGUCGUUAAGACCCACCUUCGUAACAUGAUCAUUGUUCCUGAAAUGAUUGGCUCCAUCGUUGGUAUUUACAACGGUAAGACCUUCAACCAAGUUGAAAUCAAGCCUGAAAUGGUUGGUCAUUAUCUUGGUGAGUUCUCCAUCACCUACAAGCCUGUUAAGCACGGUCGUCCUGGUAUUGGUGCCACUCACUCUUCUAAGUUUGUUCCUCUUAAAUAAAUGGAAUAUUUUGUCAUUUUAUUGUGUUAUUAAAGUAAAUAUAGAUCCAUGUUUAUAUGUGUAAUGCAGUUAUUAUUAUAAAAUAAAGAAAACAACAAAAAAAAAAAGGGG